GCAGCCAGAGUCAGAGCAGCGAUAGCUCCGUGUUUCCAGAACAGGAGCCGUGACACCGGCAGCAGCUCAGUGCGGGGCACCUGUGUGGAGCAGGAGCGGCAGGACGAGAGGGUGGGGUUUGUGCCAGCCACUCUCUGAGCCAGAGAAGGAAGGGGCGCCUCCCAGUUGGGAUUCCACUGCUCAGUAUCAUCUCCGGCUGGCAGGAGAGGUGGCACUGAGCUGGGAAUACUGGUGGGAGACAUGUGCAGGCCCAGCUAGAGGGCUCAGGGCAUGUAACCAUUGGGCCAAAGUGUAGAGAAGCAGCUACAGCGGUGUCUGGGACCAUGACAGCCCCUCGCCUGGAUUUUGGGCAGGUGGAAAGUUUCCUGGACAGGCACCCAGAGUUGUUUGAAGAUUACCUGAUGCGGAAGGGGAAGCAGGAGAUGGUGGAGAAGUGGCUGCAGAGGCACGGUCAUGGUCAGGGGGCUUUAGGCCACAGGCCCGCUCUGGCUGGCACCAGCAGCUUGGCUCAUGGAGGUGGCAGAGGCAGCAGCAUCGUUGGUGGUGGCACUGGACCAAGCGACUCUGCCAACAACCAGCCUACUCCUGGUGGCGGGGACCGUAGUGGGGUUCCUUUGAGUCCCAGCUGGGCCAGUAGCUGCGGGGGUGACGGGAGCCUGCAGCGGAGAGCUUCUCAGAAAGAGCUAAGGAAGAGUUUUGCUCGCUCCAAGGCCAUCCAUGUGAACAGGACCUACGAUGAACAGGUGACCUCCCGGGCCCAAGAGCCCCUGAGCAGUGUGCGGCGGAGGGCACUCCUCCGGAAGGCGAGCUCUCUACCCCCCACCACAGCCCACAUUCUCAGUGCCCUACUGGAAUCAAGGGUGAAUCUGCCUCAGUACCCCCCUACGGCCAUCGAUUACAAGUGCCAUCUCAAAAAGCACAAUGAGCGUCAGUUCUUCCUGGAACUGGUCAAGGAUAUCUCCAAUGACCUUGACCUCACCAGCCUGAGCUACAAGAUCCUCAUCUUUGUCUGCCUUAUGGUGGACGCUGACCGCUGCUCUCUCUUCUUGGUGGAAGGGGCAGCUGCUGGCAAGAAGAGCUUGGUCUCCAAAUUCUUUGAUGUGCAUGCAGGAACCCCACUGCUGCCCUGCAGCAGCACAGAGAACUCAAAUGAGGUGCAGGUCCCCUGGGGCAAAGGCAUCAUUGGCUAUGUCGGGGAGCAUGGAGAAACGGUCAACAUUCCUGAUGCCUACCAGGAUCGAAGAUUCAAUGAUGAAAUUGACAAGCUAACUGGAUACAAGACAAAAUCACUAUUGUGCAUGCCUAUCCGAAGCAGUGACGGCGAGAUUAUUGGUGUGGCUCAAGCGAUAAAUAAGAUUCCUGAAGGUACUCCAUUUACUGAAGAUGAUGAAAAAGUUAUGCAGAUGUACCUUCCUUUUUGUGGAAUCGCCAUAUCCAACGCUCAACUCUUUGCUGCCUCAAGGAAAGAAUAUGAAAGAAGCAGGGCUUUACUAGAGGUGGUUAAUGACCUCUUUGAAGAGCAGACUGACCUGGAGAAAAUUGUCAAGAAAAUAAUGCAUCGGGCCCAGACUCUGCUGAAAUGUGAACGCUGUUCUGUUUUACUCCUAGAGGACAUUGAAUCACCAGUGGUGAAGUUUACCAAAUCCUUUGAAUUGAUGUCCCCAAAGUGCAGCGCCGAUACUGAGAACAGUUUCAAAGAAAGCAUGGAGAAAUCAUCAUACUCGGACUGGCUAAUAAAUAACAGUGUGGCUGAGCUGGUUGCUUCUACGGGCCUCCCAGUGAACAUCAGUGACGCCUACCAGGAUCCUCGCUUUGAUGCUGAGGCUGACCAGAUAUCUGGUUUUCACAUAAGAUCUGUUCUCUGCGUCCCUAUUUGGAAUAGCAACCACCAAAUAAUCGGGGUGGCUCAAGUGUUAAAUAGACUGGAUGGAAAACCUUUUGAUGAUGCAGAUCAGCGACUUUUUGAGGCUUUUGUCAUCUUUUGUGGCCUUGGCAUCAACAACACAAUUAUGUAUGAUCAAGUGAAGAAGUCCUGGGCCAAGCAGUCUGUGGCUCUUGAUGUGCUGUCCUACCAUGCGACAUGUUCAAAAGCUGAAGUUGACAAGUUUAAGGCAGCCAACAUCCCUCUGGUGUCAGAACUUGCCAUCGAUGACAUACAUUUUGAUGACUUUUCUCUUGAUGUUGACGCCAUGAUCACUGCUGCUCUCCGGAUGUUCAUGGAGCUGGGGAUGGUACAGAAAUUUAAAAUUGACUAUGAGACUCUGUGUAGGUGGCUUUUGACAGUGAGGAAAAACUAUCGCAUGGUUCUGUACCACAACUGGAGACAUGCCUUCAACGUGUGCCAACUGAUGUUCGCAAUGUUAACUACUGCUGGGUUUCAAAAGAUUCUGACCGAGGUGGAAAUUUUAGCGGUGAUUGUGGGCUGCCUGUGUCACGACCUCGACCACAGGGGAACCAACAAUGCCUUCCAAGCUAAGAGCGGCUCUGCCCUGGCCCAGCUCUAUGGAACCUCUGCUACCCUAGAGCAUCACCAUUUUAACCACGCAGUGAUGAUCCUUCAAAGUGAGGGUCACAACAUCUUUGCUAAUUUGUCCUCCAAGGAAUAUAGUGACCUUAUGCAGCUUCUGAAGCAGUCAAUAUUGGCAACAGACCUCACGCUGUACUUUGAGAGGAGAACUGAAUUCUUCGAACUUGUCAGUAAAGGUGAAUAUGAUUGGAAUAUCAAAAACCAUCGUGAUAUAUUUCGAUCAAUGUUAAUGACAGCCUGUGACCUUGGAGCCGUGACCAAGCCGUGGGAGAUCUCAAGACAGGUGGCUGAACUUGUAACCAGUGAGUUCUUUGAACAAGGAGAUCGGGAGAGAUCAGAACUCAAACUCACUCCUUCAGCUAUUUUUGAUCGGAACCGGAAAGAUGAACUGCCUCGAUUGCAAUUGGAAUGGAUUGAUAGCAUCUGCACGCCUUUGUAUCAGGCAUUGGUGAAGGUCAAUGCGAAACUAAAGCCGAUGCUCGAUUCAGUGGCUGUGAAUAGAAGUAAGUGGGAAGAGCUGCACCAGAAAAGGCUGGUGGCCUCGGCUGCCUCGCCCUCUACUGCCAGCCUUACGGUGGCUACGCAGGACAGAAAGUAAACCGCCCGGCCAGCUGCUGCUGCAAGACAACUGUGGCCUGAAGGGCCAGCUUCACUCCAGCCACAUCAUCCUUUUGUCCCUUUCUGCUCAGACAGACGUAAGGCCUUGGGGAUGCGCUGUGAAGCAUGUCUACACUUUGCUCUGAAGUAUGGUCAGCAGGGGAGAGAGCGACAAGAAGGACAAAGGAGGGGGCGUGGCAGAGUGCACAUCCCAGGACCCUCAGCCUUCCCUGAUGCUGGGCAAAGAACCCACAGGGGCUGAGACGAAGGCUCGAGGCAGAGGACAGUUGUAGAUGCAAGGAUCUGAGGCUAGCCAACCCUGCUUAUUCCAAGCUGAAGGAACACUGAACAGUGAUGGUGCCAUUAGCACUGCUUCAUUUUGUAUAUGGCUCUUCUGUUGUUGCAAGCCAUACACUGCCUGCCUUUG